CGUUUACUUUGAGUUAAUGAUUAUCAUAGAUUCUGCAUAUUUUUUUUCUUUACUGCUCUGUUUUAUUACAUUACCAGUCUGACCUCAACUAUCAUGCGCAUCCUAAUUGUGAUCUCAGGUCUCUGUCUCGCCUUUGGCAGUCUGGUCUCAUCCUCCAGACUUGUGUGUUACUUCACAAACUGGUCCCAAUACAGACCUGGCAAUGGGAGGUUUAUGCCUUCAAAUAUUGAUCCAAACCUUUGUACGCACCUAAUCUAUGCCUUUUCUGGUAUUAAUGAGGCAAAUGAAUUGGUGACCACAGAAUGGAAUGAUGAGGAACUCUAUAGAUCCUUUAAUGGACUCAAACAAAGGAAUCCAAAUCUUAAAACCCUGCUGGGAGUUGGAGGUUGGAACUUCGGAACACAAAAGUUCACUACUAUGGUGUCAACACAAGCCAACAGAAAUACAUUUAUACAAUCUUCUAUCAAACUACUGAGAAAAUUUGGAUUUGAUGGACUAGACAUAGACUGGCAAUACCCUGCAGCAAGAGGAAGCCCUCUGGAGGACAAGCAGAGAUUCACAGUGUUAUGCAAGGAGCUACUACAGGCCUUUGAGGCAGAGGGAACAUCAACAGGACGGCCCAGGUUAAUGAUUUCUGCUGCCGUGUCUGCUGGUAAAGGAACCAUUGAUGCCGGUUAUGAAGUCUCAGAGAUAUCAAAGUAUGUCGAUUUUAUUAAUGUGAUGACAUAUGACUUUCAUGGUACCUGGGAGCGUGUCACAGGACAUAACAGCCCCUUAUACAAAGGAUCCCAAGAUAUUGGGGACCAUGUUUACUUAAAUACUGAUUUUGCUAUGAGGUACUGGGCGGAAAAGGGAACACCUGUACAAAAGUUAAAUAUGGGCUUUGCUACAUACGGACGCACGUUUCGUCUUUCUACUCAAUCCAGUCAAGUUGGAGCGCCUGCCAGCAGCCCUGCUGCUGCUGGCACAUUUACAAGGGAGUCCGGCAUCUGGUCUUAUUAUGAGAUUUGCACCUUUCUUCAAGGGGCCAGUGUCCACUUGAUUGAGGAUCAGAAAGUCCCAUAUGCCACCAAACAAAACGAGUGGGUUGGAUAUGACAAUAUAGAAAGUUUUAUGACUAAGGUCCGUUACCUAAAAAACAACACUUUUGGAGGAGCCUUUGUCUGGGCUCUGGAUCUAGACGACUUUAAUGGACAGUUCUGUGGACAGGGACGAUACCCCCUCAUCAGUUCUCUUCGCUCUCUUUUGUUUCCAGUCUCAUCCUCCAGACUUGUGUGUUACUUCACAAACUGGUCCCAAUACAGACCUGGUAAUGGGAGGUUUAUGCCUUCAAAUAUUGAUCCAAACCUUUGUACGCACCUAAUCUAUGCCUUUUCUGGUAUUAAUGAGGCAAAUGAAUUGGUGACCAUAGAAUGGAAUGAUGAGGAACUCUAUAGAUCCUUUAAUGGACUCAAACAAAGGAAUCCAAAUCUUAAAACCCUGCUGGCAGUUGGAGGUUGGAAUUUUGGAACACAAAAGUUCACUACUAUGGUGUCAACACAAGCCAACAGAAAUACAUUUAUACAAUCUUCUAUCAAACUACUGAGAAAAUCUGAUUUUGAUGGACUAGACUUAGACUGGGAAUACCCUGCAGCAAGAGGAAGCCCUCUGGAGGACAAGCAGAGAUUCACAGUGUUAUGCAAGGAGCUACUACAGGCCUUUGAGGCAGAGGGAACAUCAACAGGACGGCCCAGGUUAAUGAUUUCUGCUGCCGUGUCUGCUGUUAAAGGAACCAUUGAUGCCGGUUAUGAAGUCUCAGCGAUAUCAAAGUAUGUCGAUUUUAUUAAUGUGAUGACAUAUGACUUUCAUGGUACCUGGGAGCGUGUCACAGGACAUAACAGCCCCUUAUACAAAGGAUCCCAAGAUAUUGGGGACCAUGUUUACUUAAAUACUGAUUUUGCUAUGAGGUACUGGGCGGAAAAGGGAACACCUGUACAAAAGUUAAAUAUGGGCUUUGCUACAUACGGACGCACGUUUCGUCUUUCUACUCAAUCCAGUCAAGUUGGAGCCCCUGUCAGCAGCCCUGCUGCUGCUGGCACAUUUACAAGGGAGUCCGGCGUCUGGUCUUAUUAUGAGAUUUGCACCUUUCUUCAAGGGGCCAGUGCCCACUUGACUGAGGAUCAGAAGGUCCCAUAUGCCACCAAACAAAACGAGUGGGUUGGAUAUGACAAUAUAGAAAGUUUUAUGACUAAGGUCCGUUACCUAAAAAACAACACUUUUGGAGGAGCCUUUGUCUGGGCUCUGGAUCUAGACGACUUUAAUGGACAGUUCUGUGGACAGGGACGAUACCCCCUCAUCAGUUCUCUUCGCUCUCUUUUGUUUCCAGAUCUUCCUCCACUUCCAACUGCUCACACCAACCUGAAUCAGGAGACAUCAACAAAUAAGGAUCGCAUUUUGCCUCAUCCCAGACCAUCAAUCGCUACUACAACCACUGACAACUUCUGUGCUACAAAAAUUGGUGGGCUCUAUGCCAAACCUGAUGCUCCAGGUUCUUUUUACAACUGUGCCAAUGGCAUCACGUGGAUCCAAAACUGCCCAGCUAAUUUAGUCUUUCGAGAAAGUUGUAAGUGCUGUGACUGGCCCUAGAGACUCUGGACUAUUUGUUCAGAGUUUGGGGUUUCCGCUUGUUUUUAUUACCAUAUGGGUCACUAUAAUGUUAUGUCACAUUUGGACAGUUUAACUUUGAAGGUCAUUAUGUUCCAUCUGUCGAAGGUAAUAUGCAAUUUUGUGCAAAACCA